GUGAAUUGUCACUAGAGUUUUCUAGAAACUGAAUUAUUUUUGCUAAUGUGCUCUAUUCUUAAGCCAGUGAAAUUAAAAUUUCUUAAUUAUUUGAUUCUGUUUAUUAUAAUUAUUGUUAACGACACGUGCUUUAGAUUUCCAGUUACAAUAUUCAAUAGGAAGAAAUAAUAUUUUAGCGUACUGCAAUCAUGACUGUUGACGAAGGAAUCGAUAUAACUAAAGCCGGCGAUCGUGGAGUUCUAAAAAGAAUUAUUAAAGAGGGUGAGGGAACUGAUACGCCAGGAGCAGGGUGCCAGGUCACCGUACAUUACACGGGAACUUUAUUGGAUGGUUCUAAAUUCGAUUCUAGUAAAGACCGCAACGAACCUUUUGAAUUUAACCUUGGAAAAGGAACUGUUAUAAAAGCUUGGGACAUUGGUGUAGCUACUAUGAGAAAGGGUGAAGUCUGUGUUUUGACAUGUGCCCCCGAAUAUGCCUAUGGUGCCCAAGGAAGUCCACCUAAAAUACCACCAAAUUCAACUCUGCAGUUUGAGAUUGAGAUGAUAGAUUGGAAGGCAGAAGACUUAAGUCCCGCCAAGAAUAAAGGUAUUCUCCGUCACAUUAUGGAGCAGGGCUCUGGCUCAGAUUACCCCAACGAUGGAUCUCAAGUAACAGUGGAACUCGAGGGAAAGUAUGGUGAUAAAGUUUUCGAUACUCGUACAGUAACAUUUACACUAGGUGAAGGGACAGAACACAAUGUGUGCGAGGGAAUCGAAAGGGCACUUGAAAAGUUCCUCAAAGAUGAGAAAUCACGUUUGAUCAUACAACCGAAGUAUGCCUUCAAAUCGGAAGGAAAUAAAGAUUUGGGUGUGCCUCCAGACACACCCGUGGAAUACGUGGUGAAGUUACUCAGUUUCGAAAAGGCCAAAGAAGCCUGGUCUAUGGACGGCGACGAGAAAUUGGAGCAGGCUAAGCUUGCGAAGGAUAAGGGGACAGAAUACUUUAAAGGAAAUAAGUUUCUGCUGGCAGUCAAGAAAUAUAAGAAGGUGGUGUCGCUCGUUGAAGAUAUGCCGGAAGACACAUCCGAAUCUGAGGAAAACAAAUCUCAAGCGAAAGAACUGCUCGUAUCGGCGCAUUUGAAUCUGGCGUUGGUCCACCUGAAGGCGUCUCCUCCGCAUCACUACGAGGCCAAGGAUCACGCGACUAAGGCGCUGAAAUUCGACGCCAAAAACGUGAAGGGUCUCUUCAGACGGGGACAGGCUCUGCUGGCCAUCGGAGAGGCGGAGCGGGCGAUGGAAGACUUCCGAGCGAUCGUCGAGAUGGAACCGGAGAAUAAGGCGGCAGUCAAGCAAGUGCUGCUUUGCCGAAAUACCUUGCAGAAGCAGAAGCAGCGCGAGAAGCAGAUGUACGCCAACAUGUUCGACAAAUUCGCGAAACACGACACGCAGGUGGAGAAGGAACGCGCCGAAGCGGAGGUGGACGUGAUCGGGGAGAAGGUGGGGGAGUGGGGCAAGGGAGAGGGGGAGUGGACGGACGAGCAGAGGGACCGGAAGCCCACCGACUUCGAGAAGGAGAACCCCAACAUCCUUCUGCUGGACAAGGACGGACAAUUCGAGAACAUGUGAAGUGUCGCAGAAGACGGUCGACGAAAAUGAAGUGUCAUUAAAAAGUGCAAUUAUUGUUUGUAGGAGAAGCACGAACCUUUACCGAAACUAUUGUUUACUUUAUUUUUUGCAUCUGACGCAUUUCCCACUCCGCCCUAAAGUUAGCUGACGCGUGUGCGUGUGUUAGUGAAGCUAGUGUUAGUAUGUUUGUGUAAAAUGUUUCCUCUGUGCUGUGCUAAUAUAAUAAUGAGCGUGUCAGUUCUCGAUGAAAUGAAUCCAAUAAAAUGCUGUUAGCGUC